AUGGUGAAGUACGCGAUGCAUACUGCAUACCGAUGGUACUGCACCCUGAAAUCGAGGGAGGGUAUAGAUCUCCCUCAACUAAACGAUCCCAAUACACAGGGGGAAAUCGAUCUAUUCCUCGGCGAGCGCUUUUGUCGUUAUGCCAACUGCCCGAAAGAUACUCCUGCUACGUCUACCAACAAUCUCAGGAAGCAUUAUGCAGACAAGCAUACUGAUAUGAAAUUGGCGAGUUCGGGUGGUCGUCCAACUUUACAGGACGAGCAUGAUGCCGUUGAGUUCUACAUUGCGAUCCGGGAUGAGUAUGACGCGAAUGUUGCUGCUAUAGUACAAGUGAAGCCUGAGCUUCCUCGUAAGGCAGAUGGCACUCUUCACCUUACCAAUAUGCGUAAGGUAUCUAAGGAGCUUGGUGGUCAGGUUCCUUGUGAGCCGUGUAAGGAUGCAAAUGAUCGUCAAGGUUGUUGCCGUGAAGCUAAUGCUGACCGGUGUGAUAAUUUUAAGCUGUUUGUAACUAGUGCUGUAGAGGAGGAUGAGGAACAGGAUAACGAAGAGGGAGACGAAAUGGAAGAGGGAGAGGAAAUGGAAGAGUGA